AUAUUUUGAAACUAUUUCCGGUUCCGUUUUCAUUUUACUACAGAAGAAUCGAAUAAUAAUUCUUUUCUCUUAGUGAACACAAAAGCCCACAGCUGUUAACAACGCUAUGCGUUAUCUUAAUUGUGUAUAUACCCUUUUACCCAUCUUUCUCUGUUAUCGUUCCGCUAAAGCUGCAGAAAAAGACUUAAAUAUCGUUUCUGGACCACUCCUCUGUCCCAGUAAUUCAGACUGCGAAAAAUUAGGAGGAGAGUGUAUUGAUUGUAAAUUUCCAAAAUGCAAUUAUGGUGAGGUUGUGAGCGUUACUUGUACUGCUAAAAAAAGUGUCAAGUGCAAUGGAAAUCCAACAUUUAACAGAACAGGAAAUUGUAAUUAUUGCUUUCAAGAAAAUGUCCAUUAUUGCUCAGCUACUAAAGAUUGUGACGUAGUGAAAGCUCCGAAGCAACGAUAUCGUGCUAAUUGCACAGUCAAAUCUAACGUAAUUUGCAAAGGAUCUCGUCUAUUUUAUAAAUAUCGCGAAUGCAAUUGGUCUUUUAGGUGCAAAUGGUCUACAGCUUUAAUUCUAAGUAUUACCCUUGGAGGGUUUGGAGCAGAUCGCUUUUACUUGGGUCUCUGGAGAGCAGGAAUCGGAAAGCUAUUCAGCUUUGGUGGUUUAGGAGUAUGGACACUAGUAGACGUCAUUUUAAUUGCAACAGAAUAUGUUAAACCGGCAGAUGGAUCUUACUAUUUAUGACAGAAUGUACAUUCACACUAUUGUUUUCUGAUGUAGAGAAAAAACGUUCUUAAAAACUAUUGCAUUUUUUGAUUUUUUCCGUCUGACUUGAAAUGUUAAAACUUUGUACUUUGCUAAAGCUAACAAAAAAAAAAGAAAUAAGAAAGAAGCAGACCAAUGCAUUCGUUAUUUAUUAUUGUUAGAACAUUUAUAAAAACGAAAAGAAACAAGAAAAUUAUCUAUAUUAAAGGAAAUUGAAAAUCUUUACAAAAGCG